AUGGCAGAUUUAAAGGAACUAACAGAUGAAAUUGAAGCUGUUGAAAAAAUGAUCAACGAGCAAAGAGAAAAAAGUAUGCGAAAGAGAUUGAAAAAGAAGAAAUUUAAGGAACAAUAUAAGUAUAUACUGUGUAUAGAUUUUGAAGCUACAUGUUUCGACAUCCCGUCACACAAAAAGAGAAAGAUUCAAGAAAUCAUCGAGUUUCCAGCUGUUUUACUUAAUUUGGAGACGGGAGAGAUAGAGAGUGAAUUUCACAGAUAUGUGCGUCCUGUGGAAUCUCCUAUCCUAUCAGAUUACUGUAAAAACUUAACAGGCAUAAGCCAAGAAACAGUCGACGGUGCUACUAUUUUACAGGAAGUUAUGGAAGAGUUUCGAGUGUGGGUAAAGCAAACUAUUAAGGAUAAAGAUCUCAUAAUGCCUAAAACAAAAAAAUCAAACUUAGACGGCAAUUGCUGCCUCAUGACAUGGACAAACUGGGAUUUUUUGAUUCAGUUGAGAAACGAGUGCAAUAGAAAGCAGAUCAAAAAACCAUCAAUAUUCAACCAGUGGAUGGAUUUAAAGGAAAUAUUCUUGGAAAAGACACUGUACAAGGAUUCUUUCAGUUUCGGUGAAGCACUGAUUAAUCAAGGAAUGGAAUUUGUAGGCCGUCCACAUUCUGGAAUUGAUGAUGCACGCAUGACAGCAUACCUAGCUCAUAAACUGUACAAGGAAGGCUCAUAUUUUCGUAUUACCAAGGAUAUGAAUCAUUACUCUAAUUUUAAUCGUCCGUUCUGA